AUGAACGCUGAUUACACCAUGGAUGACACAUGUGCUAUCGAUACAAAACAGUAUGCUCAGCAAAUUUCUACUAGUGAAUAUAAUCGCCAAGCUGUAGAAUUCACCACGCAGGAGGUUGAGCGCCUGAAUGCCGCCGUUCGUGCACAGCCAAAGCUCGGUGCUCGCUCCGAAUUUUUUCAGGACGAAGAGAAUGUUGUGAAAGGGCUUCCGGUCUUUCAAGGCAAGCACAUACGAUUUUUAUACGAUGAAGAAGAAAUCGUGGCAGCAGUAGACGUGACGCUAGAGGCGCUGAACAAUGGACCCGUGGUGCGCACCGUCGCAGAGUUGGACGAAAACGUGGAUAAUGAGGAAGAAGAGGAGUAUGAUGAAGAUUAUAAUGAGGAGCAAGACCACGAUGAUGUAGUGCGAAAUACGUUUUACAGAAAAGAUAAGGAAAGUGACAUCGAUAUGAGCAACGAGCAUAUACACACUUUAGUACAGGACGUGGAAAUGGAGUUGGCUUCUUUGGCUUUCCACGAGCAGGACCAAUUGAGUCCUAGACGCAGUAAAAGAUAG